GGCACCUCUCUGGUCUCGGUUUACACUCUCUAUGGUGCGGCCGGGUCGGUGGCGGUAAGGAGAAAAAGGGAGACCCUACUGCGCACGCGCUCUCGACUUCUCGCUCACUGGCUCGAGCUCUCUGUCUCCCCCCGCUUUUUUUUUUUUUUUUUUUUUAAUCCCCGCACCGAGUGCUUAACCUCAUUGGGGUGGAGGAAGGAGAAGGCGGCGGCUGCCUGGUCCGCAGCGGCAACAGUAGCGAAUAAUAGGGCUAAUGGACUGCUGAAAUAUGAAGUAUUUCAGACCCAAUAGUAGAAUAUCACUCUGCCACUUACUCCUUUAUCUCCUACUAGUUAUUUAAAUUGGACUUUUAAUAUCCUACCAGCUGCUCUUCAGACACACAUGGUGCAUUGUUGCCAUUCCCCGGAUUGCAUCUUUGAAACACAGGCUCUUAGUAACCUUCAGCGAACAAAGAGGCAAACUGUUGAAUAUAUCUACUGGGAGGAAGUCAUCCUGACUGCCCUCUAGCUUUUGCUGGAUCUGGAUUUGAAUUCCACCAUGGAGCCUCGCAUGGAGUCCUGCCUGGCACAAGUGUUGCAGAAGGAUGUGGGGAAACGAUUGCAGGUUGGCCAAGAACUUAUAGACUAUUUCUCAGAUAAACAGAAGUCUGCUGACCUUGAGCAUGACCAGACCAUGUUAGAUAAACUUGUGGAUGGACUCGCUACCUCUUGGGUGAACUCUAGCAAUUACAAGGUGGUUCUUCUGGGCAUGGACAUCCUGUCCGCCCUAGUGACCCGUCUGCAGGAUCGGUUCAAGGCGCAGAUCGGCACAGUUCUGCCAAGUCUAAUAGACAGACUAGGAGAUGCUAAAGAUUCUGUGAGGGAGCAAGACCAAACUCUGCUGCUAAAGAUCAUGGAUCAAGCUGCUAAUCCCCAGUACGUAUGGGACAGAAUGCUUGGAGGCUUCAAACACAAGAAUUUCCGUACUCGAGAAGGCAUCUGUCUCUGCCUUAUUGCAACACUGAAUGCAUCUGGAGCACAUACUUUAACACUAAGCAAAAUUGUGCCACAUAUAUGCAACUUACUUGGAGAUCCAAACAGCCAGGUACGAGAUGUGGCGAUAAACAGCUUAGUGGAAAUUUACAGACAUGUAGGAGAACGUGUGAGGGCAGAUCUCAGUAAGAAAGGAUUGCCACAGUCCCGGUUGAAUGUAAUUUUUACAAAAUUUGAUGAAGUCCAGAAAUCCGGGAACAUGAUACAAUCUGCCAAUGAUAAAAAUUUUGAAGAUGAAGAUUCUGUGGAUGGUAAUAGACCUUCCUCUGCUAGUUCUACAUCAUCCAAGGCUCCACCCAGCUCACGGAGAAAUGUUGGAAUGGGGACCACCCGCCGGCUUGGGUCAUCCUCUCUUGGAUCCAAGUCUUCAGCUGCAAAAGAAGGAGCUGGUGCUGUCGAUGAAGAGGACUUUAUUAAAGCGUUUGAUGAUGUGCCUGUAGUACAGAUUUAUUCUAGCCGAGACCUUGAAGAGUCCAUAAACAAAAUUAGGGAAAUAUUAUCUGAUGACAAGCAUGACUGGGAGCAGAGAGUAAAUGCUCUAAAAAAGAUUAGAUCUUUACUUUUGGCUGGUGCUGCUGAGUAUGACAACUUCUUUCAACAUUUACGUCUUUUGGAUGGAGCAUUUAAACUCUCUGCUAAGGAUCUGCGGUCUCAGGUAGUGCGGGAGGCUUGUAUCACGUUGGGGCAUUUGUCGUCAGUUCUGGGGAAUAAGUUUGACCAUGGAGCUGAAGCCAUUAUGCCAACUAUCUUUAAUUUAAUUCCAAAUAGUGCCAAAAUUAUGGCCACUUCUGGUGUUGUAGCUGUUAGGUUAAUUAUUCGGCAUACACACAUCCCUAGGCUAAUACCUGUCAUAACAAGCAACUGUACCUCUAAGUCUGUUGCAGUUAGAAGGCGCUGUUUUGAAUUUUUAGAUUUGCUUUUACAAGAGUGGCAGACACAUUCACUAGAACGACAUAUAUCAGUAUUAGCUGAAACAAUAAAGAAGGGAAUACAUGAUGCCGAUUCUGAAGCAAGGAUAGAAGCUAGAAAAUGUUAUUGGGGUUUCCACAGUCACUUCAGCAGAGAAGCAGAGCAUUUAUACCACACCUUGGAGUCAUCCUACCAGAAAGCCCUACAGUCCCAUCUGAAGAACUCGGAUAGCAUAGUGUCUCUGCCUCAAUCUGACCGCUCAUCUUCUAGCUCCCAAGAGAGUCUGAAUCGGCCGCUCUCUGCCAAAAGAAGUCCUACUGGAAGUACCACGUCUAGAGCUUCCACAGUUAGUACCAAAUCUGUGUCAACAACUGGGUCCCUGCAGCGGUCUCGAAGUGAUAUUGAUGUGAAUGCAGCAGCCAGUGCCAAAUCCAAAGUCUCCUCCUCUUCAGGCGGGAUGCCUUUCAGCUCUGCAGCAGCUUUGCCUCCAGGGUCAUAUGCAUCCUUAGAGUCCAGACACAUGAGGGAAGACAUGGAGUACAUAGGCCUGGAUUCAGGUCGCAUCCGUACAAGAAGGCAAAGCUCUGGGAGUGCCACCAACGUCGCCUGUGCACCCUCUGAUAAUCGGGGCCGAAGCCGUGCUAAAGUCGUUUCACAGUCCCAGCCGGGCAGCCGGUCGAGUUCCCCUGGAAAAUUGUUGGGAAGUGGUUAUGGUGGACUUGCUGGGGGUUCCUCAAGAGGCCCACCUGUGACAGCAUCUUCAGAAAAGCGAAGCAAGAUUCCCAGGAGUCAGGGAUGUAGCCGAGAAACAAGUCCAAACCGAAUAGGAUUAGAACGAUUUGGGCUUGGCCAGCCAGGAAGAAUGCCUGGUUCUGUGAAUGCCUUGCGAGUGUUGAGCACAAGCACAGAUCUUGAAGCUGCUGUUGCUGAUGCUUUGCUAUUAGGAGACUCCAGGAGCAAGAAGAAGCCUGUGAGGAGGAGAUAUGAGCCGUAUGGGAUGUAUUCUGACGAUGAUGCCAACAGUGAUGCCUCGAGUGUUUGCUCUGAGCGCUCAUAUGGCUCCCGGAGUGGUGGCAUUCCCCAUUAUCUGCGGCAGGCCGAGGAUGUAGCAGAAGUUCUCAACCACUGUGCUAGUUCAAACUGGUCAGAAAGGAAAGAAGGGCUUCUGGGCCUGCAGAACUUACUGAAGAGCCAAAGAACACUGAGUCGAGUAGAAUUGAAAAGAUUGUGUGAGAUCUUCACCCGGAUGUUUGCUGACCCACACAGCAAGGUGAGCCUGGGAGUCAAGCCUCACUUACCUCCAUCUGCAUGUCUGUGUGAGCCGCAUAAUCCACUACCCGAGACUGAGGGAUUUCUUGUAAUGCAGCUGGCACCUUACAGAUUUAACACUAGUAUCAGCAGUAGUAGCAGGAUUGAGUACACAACAGAGGACUCCUUUCCAUUUGAUCAGCAAUUUAACAUUUUGAUGAGAUUUAUUGUGGAUCAAACUCAAACUCCAAACCUCAAGGUCAAAGUUGCAGUCCUAAAAUACAUUGAAUCUCUGGCCAGACAGAUGGAUCCAACAGAUUUUGUAAACUCUAGUGAGACAAGGCUUGCCGUUUCUAGAUUCAUAACCUGGACAACAGAACCAAAGAGCUCAGAUGUGAGAAAGGCUGCACAAAUUGUGCUAAUCUCUCUGUUUGAAUUGAAUACUCCUGAAUUUACUAUGUUACUUGGUGCCUUGCCAAAAACAUUCCAGGAUGGUGCCACCAAACUCCUUCAUAACCACCUCAAGAAUUCCAGUAACACCAGUGUGGGCUCUCCAAGCAAUACGAUUGGCAGGACGCCCUCCCGGCACACCAGCAGCAGGACUAGCCCCCUGACCUCACCCACCAAUUGCUCCCAUGGGGGUCUUUCUCCAAGCAUGCUGGACUAUGAUACAGAGAACCUGAACUCUGAAGAAAUCUAUAGUUCUCUGCGUGGAGUUACAGAAGCCAUUGAAAAGUUUAGUUUUCGGAGUCAAGAAGAUUUGAAUGAGCCAGUUAAACGAGAUGGCAAAAAGGACUGUGAUAUUGUGUCCCGAGAUGGGGGUGCGGCCUCCCCUGCCACCGAGGGCCGGGGCAGCAGUGAAGUGGAAGGGGGCAGGACGGCGCUGGACAACAAGACCUCCCUCCUCAACACCCAGCCUCCGCGUGCCUUCCCAGGGCCGCGGGCGCGAGACUACAACCCGUAUCCCUACUCGGACACCAUCAACACCUACGACAAGACAGCCCUGAAAGAGGCAGUGUUCGAUGACGACAUGGAGCAGCUUCGAGAUGUGCCCAUCGACCAUUCUGACCUGGUGGCUGACCUUCUGAAGGAGCUGUCCAACCACAAUGAGCGGGUGGAGGAGAGGAAAGGCGCCCUGCUGGAGCUGCUGAAGAUCACUCGGGAGGACAGCUUGGGGGUCUGGGAGGAGCACUUCAAGACCAUUCUGCUCCUGCUCCUGGAGACCCUUGGAGACAAAGAUCAUUCUAUUCGAGCACUAGCAUUGAGAGUUCUGCGGGAAAUUCUGAGAAACCAGCCAGCGAGAUUUAAAAACUACGCCGAGCUGACAAUCAUGAAGACUCUGGAAGCCCACAAAGACUCCCACAAGGAGGUAGUAAGAGCCGCUGAGGAGGCUGCGUCCACCCUGGCCAGUUCUAUCCACCCGGAGCAGUGCAUCAAGGUGCUGUGCCCCAUCAUCCAGACAGCCGACUACCCCAUCAACCUCGCCGCCAUCAAGAUGCAGACCAAAGUUGUUGAGAGGAUCGCCAAGGAGUCCUUGCUGCAGCUCCUUGCUGACAUCAUCCCAGGCUUGCUGCAGGGUUAUGACAACACCGAGAGUAGUGUGCGUAAGGCCAGUGUGUUUUGCUUAGUGGCAAUUUAUUCCGUAAUCGGAGAAGAUCUGAAACCUCACCUCGCUCAGCUCACAGGGAGCAAGAUGAAGCUACUAAACUUAUAUAUAAAGAGGGCCCAGACCACGAACAGCAACAGCAGCUCCUCUUCUGAUGUCUCCACGCACAGCUAAUGGCAGCACCAGUCUCUUGUGCAGACUUACAAACAAUUGGUGUUGCCUCUUAGUGGCCUCUCCCCACCCCCAUCAUCGGCUGUCCUGUCAGUGCAAGGAGGCCCGCACAUAUUUAUUACAAUCAGUAUUUCGGUCCCUUCCAGCUUUUAUGUAGAAUCUGACUGGUAUUGAAUGUAAAGGAAGCAAGGCCUGUGUUGCAGUUUUCAUAUGAAACAAAAGGAAUAAGAAAGAAAGAGCCAUACAGAAACAAGUCUCGUGCAGCCUGCUGAGAUCAUUAAACUGUGUGUGUGCAGUGCAGUUUAGUCAGAGCUCUCUGGGCACUACUGGGUAGAAAGUAGCUUUUUUUUUUUCAGGUAAUAACAGAUUUGGGGGUGAGGUGUGUGUUACUCUGUGUUCCUCCUUCGUAGCUGAUUUUCUUGUGAGUAUGGUCUGCGUGGGGCAGAGCCUUCCCCUUUCACAGCCAAUACUGUGGAGGGUUGUAGGGUUGUAUGUCUUUAAGUUGUGUUUUUAGACCUAUUAAAAAUGGGAAUCGAGUCUUGGCCAAAAAAAGCCUGAAGAUGGCCUUUCAACAAACACUGGAAUUUCUCUUGUCCAGAUGGGAGGGCAGGUUGCCCUCACUUUUAGCACAGACUCAGGAGUGCACCUCUUGGACUCCUUCUAGUCCCCCAGGAAGCUUCAUAGACAAGGUCCCUACCCAGAGCUUUCAUGCUAAAGAAUCCUUCACAUUUAAUUCCAGACACAAAAAUAAGGUACAUUUGUAGCAUCACUUAGAGAUGCAUGAACAGGCACUUCACAAGGCACAGAAGAUGGAGGAGAAGUAGUUUGUCCUACUACUAAGGUCUUGGGGGACAACCUGCUGAGGGUAGUUGGUGGUUCAGGUUUACCACCGGCACCUUCCAUUGCUCCCUGCAAGCUUUACCUAAGCUGUUCAGUCUAAGGUGUUUUCAGUUGAUCUGGAAUAUGGCAGGUUCACCAUCUCAGUCUUGUCUUCUCUGUUUAAUUUGGGAUUAAAAGCAAAGGAAAGUAUAGCGAGACAAGCUAUCAGAACCAUUUUAUUUUUUAUUUUAUAAACCAAAGUACUUCCUUGAUUGUUGGAAUAAUCAUUGUUUAAGGAAAAAGUAAUUAUGGUGCAUGGAAGAUUGCAGAAAAACAGGAUUUGAAACACACUUUUAGAAUCUCUUUCCUUCCACAGGGAACCACCAGGCUGGCCCCCUUUUUUAACCUCGUUGUGAGAGCCUGAUUGCUCCAAUAGAAGUACUGUAGGUUUGGAGUCUGGUUGAAUAAAUUUUGAGUCAAAUUCUCAAGUCAAAUGGAAAUACUAUGCGAUCAUGAAGACUUUGACAUUGUCUCCUGCUGUUCUCCUUUAGAUCUUUCAAAUUGAACUGAUUUUUCUGUAAGGAAAAGCUUCCUUUGAUGUUGGUUUUAAUAAGGUAUCUGCUAUUCCAGUGCAGAGUCCACUGGAGCUGCUAGGACUGAUGGCAGAGGUGCCCAGGUGUGUGUUUCUCACUGCUGAUUUCUACAGAAUCCCCCACCCCCUUCUGCUCUGACCCUGUAGAUGGAUGUGGGAAGUUGUGAAAGAUAGAUACUUUAUCUGGAAAUAAGCACUGAAAAUGAAUGCCCCCAUAAUGCCCAGGAACAGUGGAGCCAGGGUGUGGUCACUACUGUCUGUGUGAUGUACAUAGGAAUGUCUUACACAACUGCAAGACCCCACUGCUACUGUUAGGGCACUUCAGGGGUGUAUUUUAAGUGAUCAGAUAUUAUUGACUUUGGCUCAAAACUAGUAUGACCAGGCCUUACUUUCAUUGAUAAAUACUAUUUGUUAAUAUUUCAGCUAUUUCUUUUUUCUACUCUACAAGUGAGCCAGGAUGUCUUUCGGUUACUCCCCUGUUGCAGAAAUGUGUGUCUGGCCAGGUUAUUUAUGAAUUCUGGUAUAUAUGCUGGCUGCAGUUUAGGAACACCUUUCUCCUUGAGCUCUCAGAAGGUCUUAGAAGGUCACCAAGCUCUCAGUUUCAUUGGGAAGGAUCUUGAGCAUUGCCUGAUGUCCUCACUGUACUCACAAAGGGCUAGCCGCAAAUGUCACUUGCCCAGUCUUCAGUCUUCUGACUUAGAGAUAUAAUCACGUCGCAGAUCUCUUGGCCUCGAUCUGAAAACUGCUGCCUGCCACACCAAGGAGACUCGCAUGCCACUACCACCUCACUGGGAGGGUGGCUGCGCCCACCGCCCCCCACCCCACCUGACAGCUGCAGCUGCCUUGCCUUGCUGCCACCUCCCUCCAGGGCCCCUGUUCAGACAAAACAACAGAACACAAAGAGAAAAACACCCAAGACUGUGUUUGCCUCCCCUGACUGCCUGACUGUCUAGGGCUCAAAAUGCCCCUGCCCCGCUGCUAGGGGACCAGUUGGUCUGACUUGCUUCCUUCAAGCUGCUGCCUCUGCAGCCAGGGUCUGUGCAGGGUGUAGCCGGGUCCUCCGGGCACUCGGCUGCCUUCAAGUGCACUGUGUGUACUUCCCAGCAGAUGCCAGGACCUGCCUUUUCUAUGCGCCUCACUAGCUUACCACCCUGUGCAGGUCAUGCAACCUGUUUUGUCUCAUGAAUCUUUUUCUUUUCCUGCCACCCUUUAUUUAUCAAGCGUAAUGUUACACUUUAAAGGACAGCAAAUAUAAACUUUAUAGAAUCCCACCAGGACUUUGCUAACAAUGUUUGGAAAUGAAAAAAGAAAUGCUCUGAAAAAUAUCAGCCACCAAAAUAGUUUUUGUUGGAGCUGUGUUCACACGCAUGGUCCCCACACCCCAGGUCCCCACACCCCAGGUUGGGUGGGUUUUUGUUUUUUGGGUUUUUUGGGCUUUUUCAUGUUACAUCCAUAUCUGUAUUUAUAUCUUGUUUCACUUUCAAGUGUAUCACGGCAAAUGUACAGAUUUUUUUGUUAAUAAUGUGCUAGGAUUUGCUAAAAAAGAAAACAAACAAAAAAAAAACCCUUUUGAGUUUGCCCUAGAAUAAAUGAAACUUAAUUCAA